AUGGCGGCAACCGAGCAUCAGGCCCAAGAGGAGCCUUGGUUUCUCAGGACGUCCUACCCCGUCCUCUUCCUCUUCCACGAAGCCUUGUUCAAGUCGCCGGCCGCCUUCGACAAGUAUCUCUCUGAUGAGCUGCGGGGUGAAUACGGGGUGCUGUCUCUCGAGUCCCUGGAAGUGGAAGACUCCAUGGACGGCAUCGCAUUCACCGGCGAAACCAAACCAUCAGCAACACCCGACGAAAACAAGGAGGACGGAGAGUUUUCGAAUCGAAUGUUGACGCAAAACGCAGAUGCUGCGUUCCGAUCUACACAGAAUGCGCUGGUCGACUUGUUCUUCGAGAUGGAGGAGGUCGUUUCCGGGGAGAGGUUGAAGGAGCUGCUCGACGCGGCGUGGGCGGUGCAUCCGCUCAUCACGUUGAAGAUGAUAUUCAAUGCUCGGUCGAUUCACCUGGGCAAGAGUUCGAAGCAUGUGUUUUACCGGGCGGCGGGGUGGUUGGCGGAGAAUCAUCCUCUCACACUGAUGGGCAACCUGCGCUGGCUCAGUCGGCCUGUUAUCGAGAAGAAGGUACGCAAGGAGGAGGAUGAAGGGUUUGUCAAGAUUGAGAAGCGGGAGGGGGAUGAGGACGCGGUGGAUCAGUUUGAUGUGCGGCAUGGCGUGUCACACGGGUAUUGGAAGGACUUGUUGAAUAUCCUGGUGCUGUGCAUGGAGAAGAAGCUGGAUGUGCUUGCAGAUCCGCGGGAUGUGUUGAAUGUGCGGGAACAGAUGCGGGAAGAGGAGGCGGUGCGGAGGGAACAGGCCAAGGUGGAAAGGCAUCGCGAACGGGACAGUCGUCAUGAGGCUGCCAUGGAGAGGUUCAACUCCGACGCCGUGUAUCGCGCUCUGCACGUCACCGUCGCGCGGCUCUUUGCCGAGCAGCUUCGCUCGGAUCUGGCAGCCCUUCGACAUCCCGAUCCAAGAGCGAGGAAGAACAUCUCGCUCUGUGCAAAGUGGGCUCCCUCGCACGGCAACUUUCACGACAGACACACCUCCAUCAUCAGCUCCAUUGCCGAAAUCAUGUAUCCCCGGGAAUCUCUCGGCAGCGCCGUCUCCGACCCAGACGUCGGCAGGGAGGUCUAUCUCCGGUAUGCGCGGGAGCAGUACCGCAAGGACGUGUCUGCGCUGAGGCAGCAUCUAGAGGUUGUCGAGCGGGAUAUCAGCGCUGAGGCGUUUGACAAGAUCAAGUAUGACCGCGUGCCGUCUCUUGCGAUGAAGAACUACGCCAAGUUGUUUAUCAGAAAGGAUCUGGACCGGUUUAAGGAGUAUCUUGGCAGGGUUGGUGAAGGAAAGGCCAACAUCUCGGGAGCGGUCCUCCUGCCUUCGGCCAUGGUGCGCACCGCGUCGGGAAACAUCCCCGACACAUCAACGUUGGCAUUCCGCCGUCCGCAGGAUCUGAUCGACGCCAAGAUCAGGGAAAUCGAGGUCAAGGUCGUCGACGCCCAGUGGAAGACGCUCGUCCAGCGCAUCAAGGACUCGGGCACCCUGUCGUCGUGCAUCGCGGUGUGCGACGUCUCCGGAAGCAUGUACGACCCCAGGUUCAAGGACAGGACGGCGCCGGUGCACUCGGCGGUGGGAUUGUCGCUGCUGGUGGCGGAGGUGACGGAGCCGCCGUUUGGGGGCCGCUUCAUCACCUUUUCCCUGAAGCCGCAGAUGCAGGCCAUCGAUGCGGGUCAGACGUUUACCGAAAAGGUGAGAAGCAUGAUGAGUGCGGAUUGGGGCAUGAAUACGAACUUUGUGGCUGUCUUUGAGGACCUGAUUCUGCCGACGGCGGUGGAAAAGGGGCUGAAGAAGGAGGAGAUGCUGAAGCGCGUGUUUGUGUUUAGCGAUAUGCAGUUUGACCAGGCGGAGAAGGGAUACCAUGGCGCGAGCGGGAAGACGACGUGGGCUUCUUCGUACGAGAGGAUCAAGCAGAAGUACGAGGAGCACGGGUACGAGAUGCCGGAGCUGGUGUUUUGGAACCUCGCAGGUGGGCGGGCGGGUUAUGGCGGUGGUGGUGGUGGUGGACGAGGGGAUGAGGUUGCGCCGAAGCCGGUGCUUGCGGGGGAGAAGGGAACGGCGCUGGUGAGCGGGUAUUCGCAGGGAAUGUUGAAGGUUGUGGAGGGGGAUUUGGUGGAGGUUGCUGCGCCUGGGGAGGCGAAGAAGAGGAAGAAGGAUCCUUUGGCGGUGGUGCAGAAGGCGGUUUCGCACAAGGCGUACGAUAUGUUGCGAGUGUUGGAUUAG